AUGGAGAAAAUUUGGAUUUUUUUCACUUUGAUAUCAAUAUCAAUAGGUGUUCAAGCUAUACGAAUCGAUGACGAGUCUUCUUUUCCGGAUUAUUGGCAAAACGAUUACGAAUGGUAUAGUGACGAAUUAGAAAAAUUAGGUAUUCUUGAUACUGAAGUCAAACCUUCCCAAGAAUUGGAAACAGAACACAAAACAACUGUUGACGUACAAAAGAUUGACCAGGAAAAUGAUCGAAAAGUAGCAGAAGAAAUUGAAAAAUACAGAAAUGACAACGAAGCUCAAGUCAACGCUAAAAAUGCGGAUUCGGAAGAUAAUUUAGUAGACUACCAAUUUGAAGAUAACAGAUCUGAAGUUGAUGAUGAUGAUGAAGACGAUGAAGAAAAUAUCGGUGACUUGACUGACGAUAAAGCUAAAGAAUUUGAAAACAUUGAAGGUGAAUUGCAGUCUAUCGAUGACUUAGCCGAAGAUAUUGCAGAUUUAAAUAGGAUCAAAGAAUCACUAGAAGACAAUAAAGAAGUAAAAGCAGACUUAUCUAAUAAGAAGAAUGAUCAGGAUACAUCGAAAUUUGAUAGAGAACUCAUUGACAAUAUUAAAACAUUUGACAUUGAUACCGACGAUAUUGCUACUGCUAAGGAAAAUUCCAAUAAAAAUAAAAUAACAGAAAAUGAGAAAGUAUUUUUAGAAACAGAAAAGAUUUUAAAAGAUGAUGAAAAUGACGAUUUCUUGCAAGUGCAGCCUUUACCAAAAGAUCAGGCUAAUUUAGAUAAUGUUAUUGAGGAAACUAAGAAAAUAUUAGAAACAACUGAUGAUAAACUAGAUGAAAAUAUUGAAGAAAACGAACCAAAUAAAGAAAUAAAAAGUCAAGAAUUAGAUAAAAUCAUAAUAGAUGAAGACGACCUAAAAAAUUUCCAUGAAGCGUAUGAUGAUCUUGUAGACAAUUGGGACAAGUUAUCAGAAAAUUGGGAUCAAAUUAACAGCAACUAUGAUAAAGACAUCGCCUCAAAUGAUGGAAAUGAGGAAAUUGAUGAUCUUUAUAAGAAUUUAAAGGAUUUGGGAGACGACUACGAAAAUAUCGAUGACGAAAACAUUGAGUCACUAUUUUCUCCGAUUGAGCAAGUGAAAAAAGUCGAAACUGAUAUUUCACUGGAAGAAGCUAACCCAUUACCUGAGGGUACCAAAUCAGAAGAAAAAGAAGCACAAAAUGAAUCUCAUGCAAUUGAAUAUCUUCACGACGCUUUAGUAGCAAAUGAUGAUACUAAGAACCCAGAUGCUGAGAUAAUAGACCAAGGGACAACUGCUAACCCCGUCGUAGACAAAGAAAAUAGCCAAGGUGAAAAUAAAAUAGAAACAAGUACUUCUACAUCUUCAAGUGUAGAUUAUGUCCAUCUGUCUGAAUCUGAGUACGAGCGGGUAAUGGGUGAAUUUAAAGCCCAGCACAAAAAAGAUUUUAACGUUGAAUCUGAAGAUUUCGAUAAGCACAUCGCUCCAGUCCACAUAACUAUCAACGAAGAGCCAGUGGUCGUAACUUCGCCUAAUUAUCCCAGUAAUUAUCCAACGAAUAAUAUCAUUGACUGGAUCUUCCAAGGCGAGGGUGAAGGCAUCGAGUUUAACAUUACAGACUUUGCUGUGAAUGGACAUCUUGGAGAUUAUCUUCUAGUGAAACCAGGUGGCGUCGAUGCAUCUGGACACGAGGGUCUCAUAUUUUCAUACACUCUCAGAUCAGAGCGUCGGUACCGAUUCAUGGACGUGAACCGGAUGUUCGUUCGCUUCGAAGCCAAGCCCGGAAUGCAGUUCAUGAAGGGUUUCAGUUUUAGCGUCAAAUUGUUAAGACACAUACCUUCUGAGCCAGAACCACAACCCACACCGGAACCAGUUCGCGUACCGCCACAUUCUACCAUCACCCUCAACCUUGGAGGCAUGACCCUCGAAAACUUCCUUCAAGGGAAUAUCGAGGAGGAAUUCCGUCGGAUCGUUGCUGACAUGGCUACGAUGUAUAUCAACUCAAACAAUAUUGAUCCUGGACUUAAUACCACGUUAGAAGUCACACAGAUCGUCAGCAGAGCUCUGUGCUUCCACAACUGGCCUAAGUUUGAAAAUUGCGUCGAAGUGAAAUUUGGAGUCGCGCUAGAAUACGAUGGCGACCAAGACCCGAGGCUGGACGUUGACGACCUUAACUCCAUGUGGGUGACUUACUUCGAUCAAGAUCCAUUCGCUUCAAGGCUGAGGAGGUUGGGCAUUACGGAAUACCAGGCACCCAACGACAAGGACGUGAUGAUGGUGUGGCUUGUGAUUGCUGCAGGCGUGGUCAUCUCCAUGGCCAUGCUGGCUUUCGCUCUGUGGCGGUUCAGUUGCUUCGAGAACUACACAAGAAUGCCACCGUUCAGUGACACAGACAGUCUGCAAGAGAAACGCAACUUGGACCUGUACCCCACACCUCACCAAAUGCUACCACCACUCUACUCUGAGAACGAAUACAAGUGGGUCGACGCAAAGUACGACGACUCUACUAGAGUGGAUAUGGGAGGCUUCGCCAACAAAAAUUACGUGCGAGACGAUCUUUACGAUAUGGACUCGGACGAGGACGUGGUCGCUGCAAGAGAGAGCAACAAAAGCAUUACACCACGCGACAUUUACGUGUGA